AUGGGGUGUGCUUUUGGGAGAGAGAUCUCAUCAUCUGGGCCCGCUAGCGGCGAGUUUGUAGCUGGGAAAGGGAGGGAAAAGAGAGAGGAGAGAAGUUCGGCCGUGCCUACGUCGAGGAGAGAGAAAGUACUUGCUUCGGAAAGUAAGGCAGAUGGCGGCGGCGCUAGUGGAAUUCAAAAUGGUAUGGAUCAGAAGGAACAGCAGAAGGAUGGGAAUGCACGGCCUCAAAGAGGUGAGAGGAGAAGGUCGAAGCCGAAUCCCAGGCUGAGCAAUCCUCCUAAGAACAUCCACGGGGAGCAAGUGGCAGCAGGAUGGCCAGCUUGGCUGUCUGCGGUAGCCGGAGAGGCUAUCAAUGGCUGGACCCCACGUCGGGCAGAUACAUUUGAAAAAAUUGACAAGAUUGGGCAAGGGACUUAUAGUAAUGUGUAUAAAGCUAGAGAUGCUAUAACGGGUAAGAUUGUUGCCCUGAAGAAGGUUAGAUUCGAUAAUUUGGAACCCGAAAGCGUGAGAUUUAUGGCUAGGGAGAUAUUGAUCUCACGCCGCUUGGAUCAUCCAAAUGUUGUCAAAUUGCAAGGAUUAGUGACGUCAAGGAUGUCAUGUAGUUUGUACCUCGUGUUUGAUUAUAUGGACCAUGAUUUGGCUGGCCUUGCUUCUAGCCCUGCAAUCAAGUUUACAGAGCCUCAGGUUAAAUGUUUCAUGCAUCAGCUAUUGUCUGGUCUUGAACACUGCCACAACCGCCAUGUGUUACAUCGUGAUAUUAAGGGGUCGAAUCUCCUUAUUGAUAGUGGAGGAGUUCUUAAGAUUGCUGAUUUUGGGUUGGCUUCGACUUUUGACCCGAACAAUAAGCAGCCCAUGACUAGUCGGGUGGUUACUCUUUGGUAUAGGCCGCCAGAGCUGCUUCUUGGGGCCACUGACUACGGUGUAGGUGUGGACUUGUGGAGUGCUGGGUGCAUUUUAGCUGAGCUAUUUGCUAGGAAGCCCAUUAUGACUGGGCGAACAGAGGUGGAACAGCUGCACAGGAUUUUCAAGCUAUGUGGUUCUCCUUCAGAAGAAUAUUGGAAAAAGUCAAAGCUACCACAUGCAACCAUAUUCAAGCCCCAGCAAGCAUAUAAAAGAUGCAUAGUAGAGACAUUUAAAGAUUUUCCCCAAUCGUCACUUCCAUUAAUCGAUACUCUCCUCGCAAUUGAUCCAGCUGAGCGUCGAACUGCUACAGCUGCACUAAAGAGUGAAUUCUUCACAACCAUGCCUUAUGCAUGUGAUCCUUCCAGCCUUCCAAAGUAUCCACCGAGUAAGGAGAUUGAUGCUAAGCGUCGGGAUGAAGAAGCUAGAAGGAUAAGAGUUGCUGGUAAAGCCGGUGCAGAUAGUGUAAAGAAAGCACGUCCACGUGAUCGAGCAAGGGCAAUCCCUGCUCCUGGCGCCAAUGCUGAGCUGCAAACAAAUAUUGAUAGACGACGACUAAUUACGCAUGCAAAUGCAAAGAGCAAAAGUGAAAAAUUUCCUCCUCCACACCAGGAUGGAGGUCUUGGUUAUCCUCUGGGAUCUUCUCAUCACAAUGACCCGGGCUUUGAUCCUCCCGAUGUCCCAUUCACUUCCAUGAAUUUGUCGUAUGCAAAAGAGCCCAUGCAAACUUGGUCGGGCCCAUUGGUGGAACCUGAUGCUUUAGGUGCUCCAAGAAGAAAGUCGAAGCCAUCAAAUAAGGAUUCUCGAAAAGAUAAAGAUUCUAGUUGGAAUAAGGAGAAAGAAAUUGUAUAA